AUGGCUACUGCCGGCGACGGGACCGCCGUUCCAGCGGGGCGCGCGGCGCUCGUGGCGGCGCUCAACGCCGCGGCGCGGCAAAGCCUGGGCCCCGCGAACGCGCAGCCAGUGUCGGGCCUGCACCAGUGCGGCCUCACGGCGUCCUGUCACGUGGACGGCUUGCUCCUCGGACGCGCGGUCCACCACACCGCCCACCUCGCGUGCGGCGUCGCGGCGGAGGAUGCGUUGCUCCUCCUCUGCCCUCUGAAAUGGGAGGCGGUGCUCGGCAACCCGGAGCUGUGGCCGCACGUCGCGAUGCGCGGCGGCAGGCUCGUUCCUCUACCGCGCGCCUCGCCGCCUCUGCAGUCGCUCUCGGUGUGGGACGAUUCAAUCGUGGACGCCAACGAGUUUGUCUGGACAACCCGCACGCCAGCGCAGGUGCUCGCUGACCUCGCGGCGCUCCGGUUCGGAACCACCCAGCCGUCGGCGCACCACGAGGUUGUGGAGCGGCUCCUCCCUGCGAUCGACGAGCACGCCCCCUCGCGGGUGCACCGCCUCACCACGCGGCUCGGGAGCCUAGAAGCGGAAGACGUACUGAUGCUCGGGAAGUACGUCGGCGUUGGAGAGGGCGUGUGCCGCCGGCGGGCGGCGCAGCUGUCCAAGCUCGAGGUGGUGCGCGAGGCUCUGCGCGAGCACUACCCGCAGCUGCAGCUGUGGAGCGACGUGGUCGCCUUCUUCAGCGACGAUGCCAAGCGCGCGCCUCGGCGCUCUGGCCUGGCGCAGCAGCUGCUCGAGGCCGACAAGAGGAGCAUCCGCACCGACAAGCGGGCGGAGAGGGAGCGAGGCCGCAGCCAGGGCGCCGAGGGGGGCGGCGCCGACGGCUGGCAGAACCAGUUUCGCGUCGAGUCCGCGCGGCGGAAGCGGGUGGCGAGGGACGGCGAGGCGCGGCGGCGGCUGCGCGCGGCCAUGGCGCGGCUCGAGGCGCUGGCCUCGGCCUCGGCUAUCUCCGAGGCGAUGCGGAGAGACGAGCCGUCGCACCUGAGCGCCGCUCUCGGCGAGGCGGCGGCGGAGAGCGGGGGCGUGCGGCAGUCCGAGCUGGAGGAGCCGCAGCAGCAGCAGGCGGCGGUGGAGGCGGUGGACGCGAGCAGCGCCGCGCCCGCCGCGAAGCGAGCGAGGAGGGCGUGGGCGCCGUGGAAGGCGGGGACGAAGGGCCACGCCGCACUAGCGGAGGGAGGCGGGCGCGUUUGGCGGAAGCGAAAAUGGGGUAAGUAUACAACAAAACGUAGCGGAUAA